AUGGCCCACACAAGCCUCUCCUCAGAAGACACUCUAGCUCUGCUCAAAGACAUUGAAUCGUCCUUCCCUUCGGAAAGCCUCGGCGAUGACAGAUGGUACAUUCUUGCCGUAAGUGCGAGCCCUUCCCGAACAUAAAUCAUCUAAGACGCGGUUCAGAUCUCUUCCAUCUCGGCAGGCGGCCGCCCAGAGCUAGCAGCCGACCUCUACAGGUAUCUCAUCUCCAAGCCGGAGUUCAGCACGGCCUCGUCCAGACAAGCUCUCGUCCGAAGACUCAGAGAGAGCCUGAUGAAGCUGGUCAGCGUGGUCGGCGUACCGAAGCCGCUCGAGGCCAUCUUCAGCAUUGCGGCUGUUGAGAGGCCGGAAGAUCGCGACUAUAGCUUCUCUAGGUAGGUCGGAUACAUCCCGGAUUCCCAACGAGUACUAAUGUGCUCCAGAGAGCACUGGUCGUCGGGCGCGGAGAAUCUGGCUCGAGGACGUGCCUGGCUAGAUCAAAUCUAUCGUCACAAUCAUGCUCAGACAGAGAACGUUUUGGCUGCACACAAAGACUUCGACUGGCUGAGCCGGGAGAUAACAUACGGCUUGUAUCUCUCAGACCACAGCGUACGUUCAUCUAUCUAUGCGGGAAUGUCGCUGACAUUUACAGAUUCUGAACGGCGUGGAAACGGAGCUAGUCGUACUCUCGGGCAUCAUGCUACAAAAUCUUGCCCGCGAGACAGGAUGGCACUUGCGAGGCACUAGAAGGAUUGGUGUUUCGCAUGAAGAUGUAGAGUUGAUACAGCAGCAGAUCGAAAAGGUCGCAAAAUUCUGUGGCCUGGUGCUGGAUCGGGUGCCGAGAGUGAAAGACAUCGAGGAUGAAGUGUAA